AUGCCGCCCCAGGAGACUUCGAGCAAGCCAACGGCGGAGGAAGUCCUCACCUUUGGCUCGCCGCCCUCCUCUCCGUCUGCCCCACCGCCUGACCUCCGCCUCAUUCACUACAACGACGUCUAUCACCUCGAUGCCUCCUCCGCCGAGCCGGUUGGCGGCAUCGCCCGCUUCAUGACCGUCUGCAAGGAGUAUCAGGAAGGAGACCGCUUUCGAGACCAGCCUGCCUGCAUCACUCUCUUCUCCGGCGAUGCCUUCAACCCCUCCCUGGAGAGCUCCGUCACCAAGGGCAGCCACAUGGUCCCCAUCCUCAACAACCUGGGCACCGACUGCGCUGCCGUCGGCAACCACGACCUCGACUUUGGUGUCAGGCAAUUCCGCCACUUGACAGGCCAGUGCAAGUUCCCCUGGCUAAUAGCAAACGUCCUCGACCCGGCCCUGGGCGACAAUGUCCCCAUCGGCAACGCUAAAAGGACACACAUCAUCACCUCCUCAAACGGCAUCAAGAUUGGCAUCAUCGGCCUCGGCGAGCGCGAGUGGCUGGAGACAAUCAACGCACUGCCGCCGGGCCUCAUAUACCGGUCCGCAACCGAGACAGCCAGAGAGUUGAUCCCUCGGCUCCGUGCUGAGGGCGCAGAGAUGAUCGUGGCGCUGACUCACAUGCGCGAGCCCAAUGACAACAAGCUCGCAGAGAACCUAGGUGGUGAGAUCGACCUCAUCCUCGGCGGUCACGACCACUUCUACGCCCAUAGCUUCAUCAACGGCUGUCAUGUCCUGCGAUCAGGCACCGACUUCAAACAGCUUAGCUACCUCGAGGCUCGGCGGGCGGGCACCGCCGGAAAGUGGGACUUUGUCAUCUACCGCAGAGACGUUGUCUCAUCCAUCGCAGAGCACAAGCCCACUCUAGAGCUGGCAGACCAGCUCACCGCCAGGCUCAAGCAAUCUCUCGAGAAGCCCGUCGGCUGGACCGCGGCUCCGCUUGAUGCUCGGUUUACCACUGUUCGUUUGAAGGAGAGCAACAUCGGCAACUUUGUCUGUGACAUCAUGCGACAUCAUUACGAUGCAGACUGUGCCUUGAUGGCCGCAGGCACGAUCCGCGGAGACCAGAUCUACCCGCCUGGCCCGAUACGGGUCAAGGACAUCACAGAUUGCUUCCCUUUUGAGGAUCCGGUCGUGGUUAUCAAAGUUACAGGUAAGGCUAUCCGAGAGGCGUUGGAAAACGGCGUCGCCAUGUACCCUGCGCUCGAAGGACGCUUCCCUCAGGUUUCCAACAUCAAGUUCGCCUUUGACCCUUCUCGUGAAGUCGGGUCCCGCGUCACAGUUGCCGAGAUUGGAGAUGGCCCUAUUCAGGAGGACCGCGUGUACGUCUUAGCUACGAGGGGCUACAUGGGUCGUGGCAAAGAUGGCUACACUAGCCUCCUGAUAAAAGAGGAAGGAGGUGACGCCGAGGUGGUUGUCUCAGAAGAAAACGGUAUAUUGAUUUCCAUGAUGCUUCGGCAGUACUUCAUGGCCCUCAAGGUGCUCGACCGGUGGCAUCUACUGGGACCAUCCAUGGACCGGCACUGGGGCAGAGUCAUCUCCGGAGUCGCUACAUCCCAUCCCAACAUGGAGCCAAGUUCACAGCGUCGUGACUCGGUGGCGGUGGCAAGUCCCGACACGGAUGAUCACGGGUGGGAGAAUUGGACGGCUUCAAGGAUACGUGACCGCAGGUCAAGUGUUACCCCUCUUAAAGAUGAUUUGGAGGAGUUCGCCCCAGAAGUCGGAGAGGGCGAUGUGCAGAAAGUGGAUAACGAGCUUCGAAUCAUGCGGAAAGUGUUCAGAAAAUGGUGUCGUAUCGCGAAAGUACAUGCUGUGUGCGGCGAGAAUCUCAAAGAGGAGGAGUUCACAUGCGGCUGGACCAAAGCCAUUGCUCCGAGGUUGGAGGGUCGCAUACAAAUGGUCACGGCCUAG